AGAGAAGUCGACUAUACAACGAUCAUUCAAUGAGUUUAACUUUGAUAAAACACAUACAAAAAUAUAAAAUGCUUUUCUUAAACGACAACCGUGUCAAUGUUAGUUUGGAAGGAGGUGUGAUGACUGUUGCAAGCGAAGAAAAUAAUUUACUUGCGUCAAUAGAGAUACGUUAUCUGUUAAAGACUGUGUUGGAACGAACAAAUUUAACUGUGCAUUAUGUGAUAAAGAAGACAAAUAUGACCCUAAAAAUGAAAACGUUGACCCUUCAUGGAGAUGAGGAGGAUGCACAAAUAUUGCACAGUGAUAUCGAACACACAUUAAAAGAUCGUCCGAGGCGGCUUCUAGUAAUCGUCAACCCAAAUAGUGGGAAGAAGAAAGGAAUAAAAAUAUACAAAAAAAUUGCAGCUCCUUUAUUCCAACUGUGUGACGUGAAAGCUGAUGUCAUUGUAACUAGUAAACAAAAAGAGCCUACGGAUAUCCUGAAAAACUACAACCUUUCGAAUAUUGACGGUAUAGUAACAGUAGGAGGUGAUGGUUCAUACUGUGAGUGUAUGAAUGGACUGAUUGCACGUGUUCAACGGGACAAAAAUGUGAAUGCAAAUUGUCACAAUACUGACAUUGUGUCAGCAUCACUUCCAAUUGGCAUCAUUCCAGCAGGCUCCGGUAACGUGAUUGUUCAAUAUCUUCAUGGGACUAAAUGUGCACGCACUGCUGUUCUGCAUAUCUUACUUGGUGGCAACGUCGAGUCCAACGUGUGUAGUGUUCACGAAGGAGGCAAACUUUUGUCAUAUUCGGCACUCAUUCUUGGAUUUGGACUGUUUGGUGAUAUGAUGCACGACUGUGAAAAGUUUCGGUGGAUGGGACCGUUAAGAUAUAAUGUUGUCCCUGUGGCUUCUAUGUUAAAGAGAAGGGAAAUCGAUGUGGAGAUAGAAUAUUAUUCAGCUAACAAGGAAAAAACGUCAAAAAGAAUUAGAGGAUUGGGAAAACAAAUAUCCCUUCCAAAUGGCUUCAUGAUACCUUCAUGUAAAUCAAAAAUACAACGAACUAAAUCCACAUCAGGUGUACUUGACAGUUCAGAUGUCCAAGAAUGUGAAAAAGAGGAAGGACGUGUGUAUGCAGUAGAUACACAAGCCGUUAUGAUGAAAGAAAAAUCAGGAAGAAUGACUCCACGUUUCGGACAGGAUUCACUUAUGGUGUACACCACUCAUAAAUGCACAUUGUCAGAACACGUGUCACAGCUAACCAAAGUGAAAAACGAAAAACCCGAUUGUUAUGAUUACAAAUUUGUAAGCCAACACGAAGUCUCUAGUUAUAAAGUCCGAUUGCUGAAUGCUACAGUUUCUGAAAAUAAGAAAACACUCCAAAAAGAUUUCUACCUGAACUGUGACGGUGAAGUCAUUAGAUUAACAGAACCUGAGUUUGAUGUAAAGCUACACAAAAAAGCAGUGAGGAUCUUUGGGGAUGCAUCCGGAUGAACACCAGUAGAAAAUUAAGUGAACAAAUGCCACCAAAGCAUUAUGAAAUCGCUUUGUUCCUCCAGAAAAGACAGUGUGCGAAAUGUGUAUGUCAAUAUAGAGUAUUUCUUCAGAGACAAUACAAAACCGAGAUGUUACAGAGCCGAGAAUAGAUCGACUCGGAGUAAAGAACACUAUGAAAGUAUUUAUGUGCUUGCUAAACCAUGUACAACUAUACGUUAAUAUCGAUAGCUAUUGAACAGACGAGAAGCGUGGACAAAUAUCGUUAUAUAGUAAUGAUGAAAACAUAUUACCACGUGGCCAUACUCUAACUGUAACUGCUAUGCAGCUUGUUCUAGUUUAUAAAUAAGAAAUGUAAUUGUUUUACCAGUAGCAACUAUGUUGUUUUACAUGUAUCUACUAUGUAGCUUGUAGAAUCUUAAAUAAAAAUCAGAAAACAU